CCUUCAUGGGCCGCGAUGAUGGCGGCUCUGUACCCGAGCACGGAUCUCUCGGGCGCCUCCUCCUCCUCCCUACCUUCCUCCCCAUCCUCCUCUUCGUCGCCGAACGAGGUGAUGGCGCUGAAGGAUGUGCGGGAGGUGAAGGAGGAGAACACCCUGAAUGAGAAGCUUUUCUUGCUGGCGUGCGACAAGGGUGACUAUUAUAUGGUUAAAAAGAUUUUGGAGGAAAACAGUUCAGGUGACUUGAACAUAAAUUGCGUAGAUGUGCUUGGGAGAAAUGCUGUUACCAUAACUAUUGAAAACGAAAACUUGGAUAUACUGCAGCUUCUUUUGGACUACGGUUGUCAGUCCGCAGAUGCACUUUUGGUGGCAAUCGACUCUGAAGUAGUGGGAGCUGUUGAUAUACUACUUAAUCAUCGACCAAAACGAUCAUCAAGACCAACUAUAGUAAAACUAAUGGAGCGAAUUCAGAAUCCUGAGUAUUCAACAACUAUGGAUGUUGCACCUGUCAUUUUAGCUGCUCAUCGUAACAACUAUGAAAUUCUUACAAUGCUGUUAAAACAGGAUGUAUCUCUACCCAAGCCCCAUGCAGUUGGCUGUGAAUGCACAUUGUGUUCUGCAAAGAACAAAAAGGACAGUCUCCGACAUUCCAGGUUUCGUCUUGAUAUAUAUCGCUGUUUGGCCAGUCCAGCUCUAAUAAUGUUAACAGAGGAGGAUCCAAUUCUGAGAGCAUUUGAACUUAGUGCUGAUUUAAAAGAAUUAAGCCUUGUGGAGGUGGAAUUCAGGAAUGAUUAUGAGGAGCUAGCCCGACAAUGUAAAAUGUUUGCUAAAGAUUUGCUUGCACAAGCCCGGAAUUCACGAGAAUUGGAAGUUAUCCUAAACCAUACAUCUAGUGAUGAGCCUCUUGACAAACGGGGAUUACUAGAAGAAAGAAUGAAUUUAAGUCGUCUAAAACUUGCUAUCAAAUAUAACCAAAAGGAGUUUGUCUCACAGUCUAACUGCCAGCAGUUCCUGAACACUGUUUGGUUUGGGCAGAUGUCAGGUUACCGACGUAAGCCCACCUGUAAGAAGAUAAUGACUGUUUUGACAGUUGGCAUCUUUUGGCCAGUGUUGUCACUUUGUUAUUUGAUAGCUCCCAAAUCUCAGUUUGGCAGAAUCAUUCACACUCCUUUUAUGAAAUUUAUUAUUCAUGGAGCAUCAUAUUUCACAUUCCUGCUGUUAUUAAACCUCUACUCUCUUGUCUACAAUGAGGAUAAGAAAAACACAAUGGGGCCAGCCCUUGAAAGAAUAGACUAUCUACUUAUACUGUGGAUUAUUGGGAUGAUUUGGUCAGACAUUAAAAGACUCUGGUAUGAAGGGUUGGAAGACUUUUUGGAAGAAUCCCGUAAUCAACUCAGUUUUGUCAUGAAUUCACUUUAUUUGGCAACUUUUGCUCUCAAAGUGGUUGCUCACAACAAGUUUCAUGAUUUUGCUGACCGGAAGGACUGGGACGCAUUCCAUCCUACUCUGGUGGCAGAAGGGCUUUUUGCAUUUGCAAAUGUUCUGAGUUAUCUUCGUCUCUUUUUUAUGUAUACAACAAGCUCCAUAUUGGGUCCAUUACAGAUUUCAAUGGGACAGAUGUUACAAGAUUUUGGAAAGUUUCUUGGGAUGUUCCUUCUUGUUUUGUUUUCUUUCACAAUUGGACUGACACAACUGUAUGAUAAAGGCUAUACCCCAAAAGAACAGAAGGACUGUGUCGGCAUCUUCUGUGAACAGCAAAGCAAUGAUACCUUCCAUUCGUUCAUUGGCACUUGCUUUGCUUUGUUCUGGUAUAUUUUCUCCUUAGCACAUGUGGCAAUCUUUGUCACAAGAUUUAGUUACGGAGAAGAAUUGCAGUCCUUUGUUGGAGCUGUUAUUGUUGGGACAUACAAUGUUGUGGUUGUGAUCGUGCUUACCAAGCUGCUGGUGGCAAUGCUUCAUAAAAGCUUCCAGUUGAUAGCAAAUCAUGAAGACAAAGAAUGGAAGUUCGCUCGAGCAAAGUUAUGGCUUAGCUACUUUGAUGACAAAUGUACAUUACCCCCACCUUUCAACAUCAUUCCUUCACCAAAGACUAUUUGCUAUAUGAUUAGUAGCCUCAGUAAGUGGAUUUGCUCUCAUACAUCAAAAGGCAAGGUUAAACGGCAAAACAGUUUAAAGGAAUGGAGAAAUCUGAAACAAAAGAGGGAUGAGAACUACCAAAAAGUGAUGUGCUGCUUGGUGCAUCGUUACCUGACGUCCAUGAGGCAGAAGAUGCAAAGUACAGAUCAGGCAACCGUGGAAAACCUAAAUGAACUACGCCAAGAUCUGUCAAAAUUCCGAAACGAAAUAAGGGAUUUACUUGGCUUUCGGACUUCUAAAUAUGCUAUGUUUUAUCCAAGAAAUUAA